AUGCCUCAGAUCACGGAAAUUUUCUUCGACUGCGACAAUACAUUGGUCCUCUCUGAGGAACUGGCCUUUGAGGCCUGCGCCGACUUGGCCAAUGAGAUUCUCGAGAAGCAAGACAUCCCUGAUCGCUACACCGGUGACCAACUGAUCAAGGACUUCGUCGGUCAGAACUUCCGUGGGAUGAUGAUGUCGCUUCAGUCUAAGUACAACUUUGAGUUGCAGCCGAAUGAAUUGGAGGGCUAUGUGAAAAAGGAAGAGGACAAGGUGAUUGCCAAGCUUGAGGCCAAGGCUCUGCCUUGCGUCGGUGCUAGUGAGGAAUUGAUCAAGGUCUUUACCUCAAAGAAGUAUGGUCUUGCGGUAGUUUCAUCCUCCGCUCUGCGCCGCGUUCAGGCUUCUAUCAAAAAGGUCGACCAGGAUAAAUACUUCGACCAUGACAGGGUCUUCAGUGCGGCCAGCUCUCUCGAAAAGCCCACUUCUAAGCCUGACCCUGCUAUCUACCUGCAUGCACUGAACUACGUGAAAAAGACUGCCGGCGAAACCGUUGCUGUAGAGGACAGCAAGUCUGGUGCCCUUGCUGCGAUUCGUGCCGGUAUCUGGACCAUCGGAUAUGUUGGCAGCUAUAAUGGUGCUGAAAUGCAGGAGGAGAUGAGCCAGCGUUUAACGGAGCUUGGUGUACACAUCAUUAUGAAGGACUGGACUGAGUUUGAGAGUUGCAUGAAGUACAUCGAAUCCCUCCCGCCCAAGGAUUCCAACCAGUCCAGCCUGUGA